AAGGAGGCGGGAGGGAGCCAGCCGAGCCAGGGGCGCACGUACGCCCCAGCGCUGGGAUUUCUCGGCUCGCGAGGAGAGCGGAGCAGGCGCGCGGCCCAGCGGAGGAGCGCUGACUCUGGAGCAGCCGGAGCUGGAGGAGGAGGAGGAGGAGAGGCGGCGGGGAAGGAGGAGGAGGGGGAGAGUCGCUCCCGCCCUGCGAGCAUGGGGCGCCUGGCGCCGAGGCCGCUGCUGCUGGCGCUCCUGUCGCUGGCUCUUUGUCGCGGGCGUGUGGUGAGAGUCCCAGCAGGGACCCUGGUCCGGGUGGUGGGCACUGAGCUGGUCAUCCCCUGCAACGUCAGUGACUACGAUGGCCCUAGCGAGCAGAACUUUGACUGGAGCUUCUCGUCGUCGGGGAGCAGCUUCGUGGAGCUCGCAAGCACCUGGGAGGUGGGCUUCCCCGCCCAGCUGUACCGGGAGCGGCUGCAGAGGGGUGAGAUCCAGUUAAGGCGAACCGCCAACGACGCCGUGGAGCUCCACAUAAAGAAUGUCCAGCCCUCUGACCAAGGCCACUACAAAUGUUCCACCCCCAGCACAGAUGCCACUGUCCAGGGCAACUAUGAGGACACAGUACAGGUUAAAGUGCUGGCCGACGCCCUGCACGUGGGCCCCAGUGCGCGGCCACCGCCCAGCCUGAGCCUCCGGGAGGGGGAGCCUUUCGAGCUGCGCUGCGUGGCCUCCACCGCCUCGGCCCUGCACACGCACCUGGCGCUGCUGUGGGAGCUGCACCGCGGGCCCUCGCGCCGGAACAUCCUCACCCUCACCCACGAGGGCAGGUUCCACCCGGGCCCAGGCUAUGAGCAGCGCUACCACAGCGGGGACGUGCGCUUUGACACCGUGGGCAGCGACUCCUACCGCCUCUUGGUGUCCAGGGCGCUGUCUGCCGACCAGGGCAACUACAGGUGUGUGGUCAGCGAGUGGAUCGCAGAUCAGGGUAACUGGCAAGAAAUUCAGGAAAAGGCGGUGGAAGUUGCCACCUUGGUGAUCCAGCCAACAGUUCUGCGAGCAGCCGUGGCCAGGAACUUGUCCGUGCCUGAAGGAAAGGAUCUGGACCUGUCCUGCAACAUCACGACAGACCGGGUGGAUGAGGUACGGGCCGAGGUGACGUGGUUCUUCAGCAGGACACCCGAUGGCUCCUCUCCUGCCCGCCACAUGUUGGCACGACUGGACCGUGAUUCCCUGGUGCACGGCUCGCCUCACGUGGCCUUGAGUCACGUGGACGCUCGCUCCUACCAUUUACUGGUCCGAGAUGUUGGCAAAGAAAACUCCGGCUACUAUUUCUGCCACGUGGCGCUCUGGGUACCUGGACACAACAGGAGCUGGCACAAGGUAGCAGAGACCAUGUCUGCACCUGCCAGCGUGGGUGUGACCUGGCUAGAACCAGACUAUCAGGUCUAUCUGAACGCCUCAAAGGUCCCUGGGUUUUCAGAUGAGCCCACGGAACUGGAAUGCCGGGUAGUGGACUUGAAGAAUGCAGAGGCCAACAUCCGUUUCACAGUGUCGUGGUACUACAGAAUGAAUCGGCGCAGUGAUGACGUGGUGACCAGCGAGCUGCUGGCCGUCAUGGACGGGGACUGGACGCUACGAUAUGGAGAGAGAAGCAAGCAACGGGCCCAGGAUGGAGAUUUUAUUUUUUCUAAGGAGCACGCGGACACAUUCAAUUUCCGGAUCCAAAGGACUACAGAGGAAGACAGAGGCAAUUAUUACUGUGUGGUGUCUGCCUGGACUAAACAGCGGAAUAACAGCUGGGCGAAGAGCAAGGACAUCUUCUCCAAACCUGUCAACAUAUUUUGGGUAUCAGAAGAUUCCGUGCUCGUGGUGAAGGCAAGGCAGCCAAAGCCCUUCUUUGCUGCCGGGAAUACAUUUGAGAUGACUUGCAAGGUGUCGGCCAAGAAUAUUAAGUCUCCACGCUACUCUGUACUCAUCACAGCCGAGAAGCCUGUUGGGGACCUCUCCAGUCCCAACGAAACCAAGUACAUCAUCUCCCUGGACCAGGAUUCUGUAGUGAAGCUGGAGAAUUGGACAGAUGCAUCGCGGGUGGAUGGAGUUGUGUUAGAGAAAGUGCAAGAGGAUGAAUUUCGAUAUCGAAUGUACCAAACUCAGGUCUCAGAUGCAGGCCUGUACCGCUGCAUGGUGACAGCCUGGUCUCCUGUUGGGGGCAGCCUAUGGCGAGAAGCAGCAACCAGUCUCUCCAAUCCUAUUGAGAUAGACUUCCAAACCUCAGGUCCCAUAUUUAAUGCCUCAGUGCAUUCGGACACUCCAUCAGUCAUCCGGGGAGAUCUGAUCAAAUUAUUCUGCAUCAUCACUGUUGAAGGAGCAGUGCUGGAUCCAGAUGACAUGGCCUUUGAUGUGUCCUGGUUUGCUGUACACUCCUUUGGCUUGGACAAGGCUCCUGUCCUCCUGUCCUCCCUGGAUCGGAAGGGGAUUGUGACCACCGCCCGAAGGGACUGGAAGAGUGACCUCAGCCUGGAGCGCGUGAGUGUGCUGGAAUUCUUACUGCAAGUACAUGGCUCUGAGGACCAGGACUUUGGCAACUACUAUUGUUCCGUGACUCCAUGGGUGAAGUCACCAACAGGUUCCUGGCAGAGAGAGGCAGAGAUCCACUCCAAGCCCAUCUUUAUAACUGUGAAGAUGGAUGUGCUGAACGCCUUCAAGUAUCCUCUGCUGAUCGGCGUGGGUCUGUCCACGGUCAUCGGGCUCCUGUCCUGCCUCAUCGGGUACUGCAGCUCCCACUGGUGCUGCAAGAAGGAGGUGCAGGAGACGCGGCGGGAACGCCGCCGGCUCAUGUCGAUGGAGAUGGACUAGACAGCCAGCCGGACUGGGAGUGACAGAGGGACAGUGGGGGUGAGAAGAGGACAGUGAGAUUUUUAAAACCAAGUGUGUUACACUAAAACCAGUCCUCUCUAAUCUCAGGUGGGACUUGGCGCUCGCUCUCUCUCCUGCAUGUCAAGUUCUGAGCGCGGACCUGUCUACCAGCACACGGCUCUCCUUCCCACGGCACUUUCUGAUAUAUAACAAUUGAGUGUGUGUUUUCCCAGCUGCAGUUUUUUAACGGUUAACCUUUGUCUAAUUUUUUUUUCUCCUACUGGCUUAUCGAUCCUCCCACUUGUGUGUGUCGACCGCUUUUGUGGCGAGGGGCUGCGGUGAGGAAGGGGUGAUGGCAUUCAGAGUUCUUGACCUUGGGCGAGAAUGUGCCUGCCACCUGGGCGCCCUGGGGUCCUCGGUGGGGGGGGCUCCAUGAGGACAGCUGCUGUGACCCUCGACCCCAGCCUAGAGAUGACACAGGCCUGUGCCCACGGCUGAUCUGUGGCUUUUCCUACUCUAACCCAUGCCCGAUUUUCCAGGGCGUAGACUACAUUUGAAAUCUAAACUUGGAGUAUGUCACUUCUCAUUGAGCCCAAAUGCAUUUUUUUCUUCUUCUUCUUUUUUUUUUCCUUCUCUGCCCCUCUUCCAUUUCUUUUGCAUUUGCUUUCUGUGAGCGUGCUGAAAUGGCAGCCCUGGAGUCUGAAUUUGGCUUUCCACCGAGCACCUUAUCUUGCCACCUUAGCCUUAAGAAUGAAUAUGAAGAAAAAUACACAGCCACCUCUGUCCAGGGCAGUCAGAAAGUCUGCGAGGAAGAGAAGGUUGGGGACAAGGAGAGGGACAGACGCUUUUGCCAAUAGUUGUGAGGCCUCUGUGCCUCGAGGGAUCCUAGGAAGUUCGAUUCACACGGGCCGAGCCAGGAGGGCCAGGGCGCCAGGGCUGUGCUGGGCCACGGAAGCCCCUCCAUCCCCCGCUUCUGCCCUUCCUGAGAGGCGAAGGCGUUGGCCACCAGGGGGCCUACAGGGACCCACAGAUAUGCCACGUCCUUCACACCCCACUUGGGCUCCUUCACAUGAAGGCAAAUUGCUGCUUGAAGACUUGACUGACUGCAAGGAAUCUGCAAUUGCCCAGAGGAGCCGUGCGUUUUCCAUGACCUUUACAGUCCUUCAGAACUUCUUAAGAUCCCCUGCAGGGGGUCAGUGAGAAAGGGUAUAUUUUGUGGUAUGUUUGCUUUCCUGUUAGGAACACGGAGGAAACCCGGCAAUUUACUGUCAUGUGAACAGCCUGUAAAGUAGGACUGAGAGCAGUUGCUUUGCCUGGCUGCUUCCAUCAGGAGUAGGACAGCCCACAGAAAGAGAUCUUCCGGGUCCCUGACUUCUUCAUUAAUAGUGCACCCCUCUGAGCCUUGGCUCCCUGAAGUGUCUGGCCCUCUGCAUGGCACUGGCCUUCCAGAAGCUUCCAGUGGGGGUUUUCUGAGGCUCACUGGUGACUCAUGCCCUAAUUGCAAUCCUCUGUGCUUUUUAUCCUGGCUCUGAAGGAUCUAACACUGCUCUGUCUUCCAAAAGGGGGAAAAAAAAAAAAAAAGAUUCGUUUGUUUUGAGCAAUAAAGUAAUACAAAAUGAUGGCCAUUCAUGUGCAGCUCUUUGUCACUGUGGGCCGGGUGACUGAGCUCCUCCCAGCUCACCAGCUCUCCUUCCCCUCUCUUUUGCUCUUGAUUGGUUCUGAAGUGCUUGCUUAUCACCCAGUUGCCCCCCUGGAAGCAGAUUUCCACCCAGUUUUUUGCUUUUUGUUCUGUGCACCACGGGGACCGCCCCUAUGACACACGCUGUAGGUCAUGUCAUGGUUGCAGCACGGCUGUCCCAGGCCUGGACCCCAUGGUGGGAAGACAGGGAGCAGGUACGCCCCACCCAAAUGGGAGAGAGAGAGGAAUAAGAAGAAGCCUUGGUGGCACUAGAUUUUCUCAAUGUCAUUUCCCAACUGUGCUAUUUCGGAGAAGGAGGGACACAGGUGAUUGUACAAGCAGGAAUUAAGGGAGAACAACUGUAAACUGGUGCUGUAGUAGUAACAGCCAGUGCCCCAGGGCCCUUGCAGUUACCAUAAGAAGAUUCAUUGUUGCAGCGACGGCUCUUCUUAGUGGGAGAUGGGACACUUAGCUUUGGACAAGACCAGGUGGCCCCCAGGUGUGUGUAAAACCAGGGACCAGGUCACACCAGGCACUUAGUGGUAAUAAAAGGGACGUGGGGUCACAGAUCAUACCUUUCCCUUGCAAACUGAUGUCAAGGUUCAAGGCUGAGUCGUGAAGGCACUGGCCUUCCCCCUUCCCCCAUGUCCAUUGGGCCAGCCUAACCACAAGUCACCCGGGGGCUGGGCGAGGGGCGAGACAUCCCAGGACAUCGCUGGUUCCCUCCAGGGACGUACACUUGCCUGGGAUGUGUGUCCUUUUCAAAGUGGGAGAUACACUCUGGUCCCAAAUAGGGCUCCCAUGUCACAAAGUGCUCUUCUGGGAGAGGCUCCCGCCAGCGGUACUGUAUGAGCAAAGAAGGACCUGGCCAGGCCUCCCUCGGAUGAAAUUGCACUUCUUAAAGCAACUUUAUAGAGAAGGUUGGGUUUUUUUUUUUUUUUCCCUAAUCACAAAAAUAUUCCCCCAAAGAGCCUGAGCAAUGUUCAGAUAGAAGCCUCAAAAUUGCUUUUAAAUUGUUUACUUUAUGAUGUUUACAGACACGUCUCACUUUUUUAAAAAAGAGAAAAACGCAAAACUCUGGCUUCCUAAACAACUUUUCAGAUUUUUUCAUGGGACGGUGGAACUCUGACUCACCAGCUGGAUUAAAUCUUAAUUUAGAAAUGUAUUUAUGUGUGUACGUGUGUGUGUGUGUGUGUGUGUGUGUGUGUAUGUGUGUGUGUCCCCUCCUAGCCACGUGGCUCCCUCCUGCCCAGACCUCUGUCUCUUUCCCUGGGGGGCUCUUGCCUCCUGCUUUGCAGACUGCCUGCAGCCAUGAUUAUUGUCACUGACAUCUGUGAGCCAAAGACUGAGCCUUUUUUUGGCAGGAACAAUAAGCAAUACUACACAACUUGCUACUUUCAGAAAACUUUUUUUUUAGCUUCACCGAUGACAACAGAGGAAGAAGGGAACUGGGAUUUGGGUAAGUUCUCCUCCACUGUUUGACCAAAUUCUCAGUGAUAAGUACAUGUGCAGAUCACUAGGAGAACAAGGUUGACUGACUUUCCUUUUUUUAGUGUGGCACAUAAGGAUCUGCAGAAUUUUCAGUAGAAAAAAAGAAAGGGUCUUGUGUAUUUUUGUCCAUAUCCAAUGUUAUAUGAACUAAUUGUAUUGUUUUAUACUGUGACCACAAAUAUUAUGCA